ACAUUUUGCUAGUUGUCGUUGUAACAGUCGACGAAUUCGCUCGGGUCUAACUCGUGCGGUUGAACGUGUCCGUACAAUCGAUCCCAAGUGUUUGUUAAUCACAAUUUUUUUUAUUUUCGCGCACGAAUGUCGAUGUCGCAGUGCGUGGGAAGAAUAUAAAACCGGCGUUAGAGGAAUAGAGGGACUCGGUGGAAUUGAAAAAAAGUCGAGAAUUCCGCGAGUUUGAAAUUCUUUUGCGGAGCUUUCGCAGUGUGCACUCUCGCGUUUUUUUCAAACAUAUCAAAUAGUGAGUUGAGAUGACCAGUGGGGGACAGGCUAGCAACGGCGAGAAUCGAGGACGAAAUGGCCACGUGCUGGUGUGGGAACAGCCGGGCCUCGACGAAAACGAUAAACGCCAGGCUAAACAACGAGUACUGGUUGGGUCACGUCACGUAGUGACUUUCAUGCUGUUCUUGGGGAUGGCCAAUGCCUAUGUGAUGAGGACUAAUAUGUCAGUGGCUAUAGUUGCGAUGGUCAAUCACACGGCGAUCAAUGAGGAGCAUGACGUUGUGGUCAAUGAGUGCGGAACUAAUCCUAAUGACACGGAGGAUGCACAUGAUCCGUCUGCCGAUGGUGAAUACGAAUGGAACUCAACGAAACAAGGCUACCUCCUCAGCUCAUUCUUCUACGGCUACGUACUCACACAGAUACCAUUCGGUAUACUUGCCAAACGAUAUGGAUCCAAGUACUUCCUCGGUGUUGGUAUGCUGAUAAAUUCACUGUUUGGACUGCUUGUACCGAUAUCCGCAAAGUGGGGAUUUGGUUGGCUAGUUCUUGUCCGAUUUAUCCAGGGUCUGGGAGAGGGUCCAAUCGUGCCUUGCACGCACGCUAUGCUGGCAAAGUGGAUACCACCGAAUGAGAGGAGUAGGAUGGGCGCCUUCGUUUACGCUGGCGCACAGUUUGGAACUGUUAUUUCGAUGCCUCUGAGUGGGCUACUGUCCAAGUAUGGGUUCGCUGGUGGCUGGCCGUCAAUUUUCUAUGUCUUCGGGGCCGUCGGCACUAUUUGGUGCGUUGCUUUUCUCAUCUGGGUGCAUGAGGAUCCUGAGCAGCAUCCCAAGAUUUCGGAGGAUGAGAAGAAGUAUAUUCUUAGUGCAUUGUGGGGAAGUGCUGGAUCGUCUUCUCCGCCUGUCCCCUGGAAGUCGAUCAUGACUUCUCUUCCGUUCUGGGCUAUUCUCAUGGCCCACAUGGGACAAAAUUAUGGAUACGAAACACUGAUGACAGAGCUACCCACGUUCAUGAAGCAAAUUCUGCACUUCAACAUAAAAUUGAAUGGAGUUGUGUCAGCUCUCCCCUACCUCGCCAUGUGGAUAUUCUCGAUGCUGAUCUCUCACGUGGCAGAUUGGAUGAUCUCCAGCGGAAGAUUCAACCACGGAAAAACUAGAAAAAUCAUAAACAGCAUCGGUCAGUACGGACCCGCACUUGCUCUCAUUGCCGCCUCAUACACCGGAUGCGACAAAUGGCUGACCGUUGGCCUACUCACGGUAGGUGUUGGCUUCAAUGGUGGUAUUUACUCGGGCUUCAAGGUCAACCAUUUGGACAUAUCACCGAGAUUCGCUGGAAUCUUAAUGUCGUUUACCAACUGUCUUGCCAAUCUCGCCGGCCUUCUUGCACCAAUCACUGCUGGAUAUAUCAUCGUUGGAACGCCAUCUCAAGCAAAAUGGAGGAUAGUUUUCAUGAUCUCGGCAGCUGUCUACAUAGUCUGCGCCACAUUCUACACAAUAUUCGGUUCAGGGGAGAGACAACCCUGGGACAAUCCAGACAAGGACGAGGAAACUCAGAAGAAGCAGAACGACGUUGAGGCGAACAAAGCGAUCAAUGAGACACAGCAUUGACCAAUCGCACAACACAGUCAAUCCUUGUUAUAACCAUUAUCUAAUGUACAAUACUUGUACACGCAGGCUGUGUGCGAUUGUGUCGGCAAACUUCUCUUUCUUCUAAUUUUUUAUCGAGAAAACCAUUCAUUCCCUCCCUACACUUUUUUCGUUUUUUCACGUGCGAAAUAUUUUGUAGAAAAACCUAGCGAAUUCAUUAAAAAAUUCUAUAAAAUUUUCAUUAGUUUUUGUAUAAUUUAUUUGCGCAUUUUUUUCCAAUAGAAAUGUUUAAUAGAAAAUAGAAUUUCACUUCUAGACAAAUUAUUCUCUUGAGACAUUCUUAUAAUUUUCAAAUUCUUUUCUUCAUUUUUUCAAUGAAAUGAGGAACAAAAAUUGAGAAAAUUCUUGCAGA